GGGUUCUGCCGACAGCGGAGCUGCAGAGCCGGACGUAUCCGCGAAGAUGGCGGGCCGGACUAUGCAAGCUGCAAGAUGUCCUACAGAUGAACUAUCUUUAACCAACUGUACAGUUGUGAAUGAAAAGGAUUUCCAGUCUGGCCAGCACGUGAUAGUGAGGACCUCGCCCAAUCACAGGUACACAUUUACACUGAGGACCCAUCCAUCAGUGGUUCCAGGGAGCAUUGCAUUCAGCUUACAUCAGCGAAAAUGGGCUGGACUUUCUAUUGGACAAGAAAUAGAAGUCUCUUUAUACACAUUUGACAAAGCCAAACAAUGUAUUGGCACAAUGACCAUCGAGAUUGAUUUCCUGCAGAAAAAAAGCAUUGACUCCAACCCUUAUGACACUGACAAGAUGGCUGCAGAAUUUAUUCAACAUUUCAACAACCAGGCCUUCUCAGUGGGACAACAGCUUGUGUUUAGCUUCAAUGAAAAGCUUUUUGGCUUACUGGUGAAAGAUAUUGAAGCCAUGGAUCCUAGCAUCCUAAAGGGAGAGCCUGCAACAGGCAAAAGACGGAAGAUUGAAGUAGGACUGGUUGUUGGAAACAGUCAAGUUGCAUUUGAAAAAGCAGAAAAUUCAUCACUUAAUCUUAUUGGCAAAGCUAAAACCAAGGAAAAUCGCCAAUCUAUUAUCAAUCCUGACUGGAACUUUGAAAAAAUGGGCAUAGGAGGUCUAGACAAGGAAUUUUCAGAUAUUUUUCGACGAGCAUUUGCUUCCCGAGUAUUUCCUCCAGAAAUUGUGGAGCAGAUGGGUUGUAAACAUGUUAAAGGCAUCCUGUUGUAUGGACCCCCAGGUUGUGGUAAGACUCUCUUGGCUCGACAGAUCGGCAAGAUGUUGAAUGCAAGAGAGCCCAAAGUGGUCAAUGGGCCAGAAAUCCUUAACAAAUAUGUGGGAGAAUCAGAGGCGAACAUUCGUAAACUCUUUGCUGAUGCUGAAGAGGAGCAAAGGAGGCUUGGUGCUAACAGUGGUUUGCACAUCAUCAUCUUUGAUGAAAUCGAUGCCAUCUGCAAGCAGAGAGGGAGCAUGGCUGGUAGCACGGGAGUUCAUGACACUGUGGUCAACCAGUUGCUGUCCAAAAUUGAUGGGGUAGAGCAGCUGAACAACAUCCUAGUCAUUGGAAUGACCAAUAGACCAGAUCUGAUAGAUGAGGCUCUCCUUCGACCUGGAAGACUGGAAGUUAAAAUGGAGAUAGGCUUGCCAGAUGAGAAAGGUCGACUACAGAUUCUUCAUAUCCACACAGCAAGGAUGAGAGGGCAUCAGUUACUCUCUGCUGAUGUAGAUAUUAAAGAACUGGCUGUGGAGACCAAGAAUUUCAGCGGUGCUGAAUUGGAGGGUCUGGUGCGCGCAGCACAGUCCACUGCUAUGAACAGGCAUAUAAAGGCCAGUACUAAAGUGGAAGUGGACAUGGAGAAAGCAGAGAGCCUACAGGUGACAAGGGGAGACUUCCUUGCUUCUUUGGAGAAUGACAUCAAGCCAGCAUUUGGCACAAACCAAGAGGAUUACGCAAGUUACAUUAUGAAUGGUAUCAUCAAAUGGGGUGACCCAGUCACUCGAGUUCUAGAUGAUGGGGAACUGCUGGUUCAGCAGACUAAAAACAGUGACCGCACACCACUGGUUAGCGUCCUUCUGGAAGGCCCUCCUCAUAGUGGCAAGACUGCUUUAGCUGCAAAGAUUGCAGAGGAAUCCAACUUCCCCUUCAUCAAGAUCUGUUCUCCUGAUAAGAUGAUUGGCUUUUCUGAGACAGCCAAGUGUCAGGCUAUGAAGAAGAUCUUUGAUGAUGCAUACAAAUCCCAGCUCAGCUGUGUGGUUGUGGAUGAUAUCGAGAGAUUGCUUGAUUAUGUCCCUAUUGGCCCUCGAUUUUCUAAUCUGGUAUUACAGGCUCUUCUUGUAUUACUGAAAAAGGCACCUCCUCAGGGCCGCAAGCUUCUUAUCAUUGGGACCACUAGCCGCAAAGAUGUCCUUCAGGAGAUGGAAAUGCUUAACGCUUUCAGCACCACCAUCCAUGUGCCCAACAUUGCCACAGGAGAGCAGCUGUUGGAAGCUCUGGAGCUUUUGGGCAACUUCAAGGAUAAGGAACGUACCACAAUUGCACAGCAAGUCAAAGGGAAGAAGGUCUGGAUAGGCAUCAAGAAGUUACUAAUGUUGAUCGAGAUGUCUCUACAGAUGGAUCCUGAAUACCGUGUGAGAAAAUUUUUGGCCCUCUUAAGAGAAGAAGGAGCUAGCCCCCUUGACUUUGAGUGAAAAUGGACAAUUCGCAACACACAGUGACCAAGGGAAGUAACCAAGGUGAAGAUGGCCUGCAACCUUCACUUGUCUUACUCAAGAUCCUGGACUAAAUGAGAUGUUCUCUACCUUUACCACGUGCUCGCUGUGCAUGAUGAGUGCAAUAAAACUCCCCUCCUUAUGCUCAUUGAGAUACUCUAGUGUUUUGUGGAAGGUGGAAAUUUGUUUUAGAAUGCUGUGCUUACCUUCCCAUGCAAGCUAAAAUGAUUCCUUCUUACGCAGUCUCUCCGUGUGGGAGACUUACUGUACUUUGAACACUACAGGUUUUAAGCUCUCUACCACCACCCCCCGCCCAGAAAAAAAAACCCCUCUUCAAUAAAUGUAAUGAAUGUUGCAGGACAACAACUUGGUCUAUGAGAAGGUAGACUUUCUACAUGCGAACCAGGAGCCGUGAAUAGGGGUGUGGGUCAGAGGUAUUCUCUUGCAGCUCUCCUGAGCUAACACUAAAGGUUAUUAGGUAUCUGUUUAAAUGUUCUCCCACAAAACUGGUUAUUAUCUUUGCCUAAAGAAACAGAGCUUUGAAUAUUUAAGAUGCUGUUCUCAAUCGUCUUCAGAGAUGUUUCCAAGUUGCAAUCAGGAGAUCUUUCUUAAAAGAAAGUAAUAUUAUUACAGUGUUGGCUGUGACAUUCCCUUAAUGUAACUAAUUUGCUCUGUGGUGAGAGAUAUGCUAAUUAGUAUCACUUGGUAGAUGUUGUUAAAAACGUGUGAAAGAUAUGUGCGGAAAAAGCGUACACCCCUAAACAGAAAGGAGUUAUUAAAAUAAAGUAAUUUACAAACCUCUCGGCACUAAUUAGUGUCCAACUCAAAGUGGGUCAAUUCCUUAGUAUAAUAUUAAAGGCUUGUUAGUAUCAUCACUUUUCUCCUUAGCUUAAUGACUUACUUAAAAUGUAUCCUAUAUUUUAAAUUAUCUGUACUAUCUAGUAUCUAAAUAAGACACUAUUCUCCAGAAAAAUAAAAUGUUUUCUAGCCCUCUGCCCUCUGUCCUUUAAUGUCCAUUCCAAUACAUUGAACACGUUUCCUUUACCCUCUACAUCCUUCUGAAGGAAAAGACUCGUUGAGUCCUUUUGAGGGUGAUUUGUCUUAUAAUUGAGUUAAAAGGAAUUUAAUUAGGUCAUCAUACUUGGUGAUGAGACUUAGGGAGCAUGCCACUCUCUCCCCAUUGCUCCUUCAAGUGCAAAGACAAGCACUCAGAAGCCACCCUCAGGCUCUUAUCACACGUCACUGUGAGGCUUGUUGCCACAGUGGCACUUGGGUGUGGCUCUGUCUCUUGUCCCCAUGGUAGAAGGCAAAUCAUCUCCAAAUCUUGCUGUUUGUAUACUUUUGGUAGAGACCUGUAUGUCAUAGCUACUUUGUUUUGGUUUUCAUCCCUAGCUUAUUUUGUGGCUUUCUAAAAAGUGGACUGUAUUGUGAAAUUCUGUGAUUCCUGGUGGCCAGUAUCCUGGAUUCCUUUUUCUGUUUAAGAUCUUGCCUCUUUCCUUCUCCCAUGAAAGUAGCACACAUUGUGUUAACUUAUGUCUCUUGUUAAAUGAGAUUAAUGUCUGUGUUUUGUCCAAAACUAUAUUGAAAAAUAUAAAUAUUAUAUUGUUUAAUGCAAAUGAAGGAAUGCAAUAAAGAGUAAAUACACUUGAAAA